GUAAAACCAUGGAAUAUUCUUUGUGACAAGUAUCCCACAAAUUCCACUGACCUCCCUUGUUUUCUUUGCUUUGAGCAGGGUUUCCGGUUUCCAAACCUGAUGUGAUCUCAAAGCUGGAACGAGGGGAAGAGCCAUGGGUCGCAGACCUUCAGGGCUCUGAGAAUGCCUGCACAGAGAGUGACACGUGUCUGAAUUCUCUCUCUAUCCCAUCAGGUGAUGGGAUGGUGAGUGAGAAUGAGGAGGAGAAACCCCAGCAGGAAGAUGCUGAGAAAGUAGAACCACAUGGGAUGUUAUCGGGAAGAUCCAAAGGGAAUGUUUCUGGGAGUUGUGCACUCCCAGAAAACGCAAAAGCCUGUGAGACUCUGCAGAUGCCAGAGGAAAACUUGAGGAGCCACUCAGACCUUAUUACUCGUGAGAGAAUCAACGUGGAAGAGACACACUACAUAUGCCAUGAGUGCGGGAAAAGUUUCAAUGGGAGCUCAGACCUCUUCACACAUCAGAGACUUCACAGGGGAGAGAGACCCUACAUGUGUUCUGAGUGUGGGAAAAGCUUCAAUCAGAGCUAUACCCUUAUCAGACAUUGGAGAACUCACACUGGAGAGAAACCCUAUACCUGCUCUGACUGUGGGAAAAGCUUCAAUCAGAGCUCAACCCUUAUCAGACAUAGGAAAAUCCACACGGAUGAGAAACCUUAUGGAUGCUCUGAGUGUGGGAAACGCUUCAUUGAUAGUUUAGCCCUCAUCUCACAUCAGAAAAUCCACACAGGAGAGAUGCCCUAUACAUGCUCUGAGUGUGGGAAAAGUUUCAAUAAUAGCUCUGACCUCAUCAAACAUCGUAGAAUCCACACAGGAGAGAGACCCUACGUGUGUUCUGAGUGCGGGAAAAGCUUCAAUCAGAGCUCAAUCCUUGUUAGACAUCAGAAAAUCCACAUGAGAGAGAACUGGAACAAAUGCCUUGGCUAGGGCUGGCCAAAGAUGUUCCUUUAAAAAAAAAAUCAUAUUUGCUAAUUCCCACAUAUGAUCUUUGUACCAUCUUCACUAUAGUCUCUCAGCUCCCCCGGAUAAGUUGCCUGCUUCUGCCUUCUGCAGCUCACCCUUCUUUGAGGUCAGUCCUGUGAUCUUUUCUAUCAGCUCCUUUCCUAUGAGUCGAAGGAAUGUGUCUCCCUCCAGCCAGGAAUGUUCAUCAGCUCCAGGUGGGAGAGAGGUUUUAUCAACAAGCUACACUGAGGCAAAUACUACCUGUGCCUUCCAUCCACUAGGACUGUACAUGGUGUUGGCUGCUCAAAUUAGUGAUCCUGGUGCAAAAAGACAAUUAUAGUUGUAGGGCAGAUGCACCCAGGUGCGGUUGACAUUAGCUUUCCCCUUGACCUGACCUAAACUCCAUCACUGUUCCUAGACUAAACAAACCCUGAGCAUCAGGGUUAUACUGUUCCCCCAUUUCACAGCAAUUGUUAGUCAUCAGGUUCCCCCUUCGGGAACAAAUUGUUUCAUUCCUGGUUGCUCUGAUGUUGCUUCAGGUUGUGCUGCAGAGCAGAUACUUGUCCCUCCAUUUUCCUCACUUAAAAUAUAUUGAACUGUAACAAAGAGCAGGAACAGGGCAGGGAUAGGGAAAAAUGUCAUUUCACCCUCUGUAACAGAAGAAGAUAAGGUAAAUCAGAGGGAUUCCCUUGUUCCUCAUCACCAUCCCAGUCCCCAUGUUGUUCAGUUGGUUAGGUCAAUAUUUUUUCUAAAGCGCUGAGAAGAGUAUUCCCUACUAAAUGACUUGUAACUAAGGAAAAUACCCAUGCAUUUGGUUCCCAAAGCAGUUGUGGUCCAGGCUCUGCAAGAGGUUGCUCCUGAAGAUAUCUCCUUCCUAAUCAGGUGCGUGUUGUCUAUUAUUUGGGAAAUGCAAUCCCUAUCGAGGUAGGGAUGGGAAAAAUGGAAGUGACAUUUCUGUUCAGCUCACCCCUGGGAGAUGCUGCAAAUGUGUAGAAAAUGAAAUCCAUGUUGAAUGUGAUAUAGCUGCAGAAAGAAACCUAUUUUUAAUAGAUACCUGACAUCUGGUGUCUUACAGGGAUGCUAAGCCGCAUCUGAAUUUAGUCCCUAAUUUAAUCUGUGCCACCAGAUUAAAGAAAUAAAAGGACAUUUUGGGGGAGUUAUACCUCACUAUCGUUACUGAUCUGUUGUGUGGUUGGUGAAGAAUUCUAUGCCAGAGAAGUGUAAAACUACUCCAAGGAAGAUCAAAGAUCUGACAAGAACUCAGGUAGAAAUUGCAGAUACUAGUGGUUGAUUUUCACCCCGGAGAUGGAAGCUAUGGUGACCUGUGGCCCAAGUAAACUAUUUUUAGAAUGCUGCUCCCUAGUUAAAUGGCAUUGGUCACACUCCUAAAAGAUGCCAUGAUUAAAUUGUGAACAAUUGUCCUUUACCAUUUGGAUCCAAAGUUUCAUGAAGCACAGAGAGAAACAGCGGAUUCCUUCAGAGCCAUUCCAUGCCUGUGGGUCCCAAUCUGGCUGCCUUAUUGGACAAGAAGCACUUGCAUCCUGGGCAAAUGAUUUGUAGCCAAUGAGAGAAUGUAUCCGAUCCCAAGUUCAUACUGCAGGAUAUAUGAAUACUGAGUCCAAUGUCUGUGGUUUGGUCUCUUAGUUUACUCUUGAAUCUAAUGCAUUUGUAUCACUUCUCCACCUCCUGCUACUCUAAAAGAUUAGAAAGUGAAAAUAGAGCACAGGUGGUUUUUCUCAUGAUACAAUCUUCCCACAUCGUGUGAGACCCCUUCCACCCACACUUCUGGGAGAAGACCCAGGGAAAAACGAACUGACAGAAGUGGAAGGCUCCUAGGUUAUUGUAGAUCGGACUUCACACAAAGCUGA